GGACCCGCGGCGCCCCAGAGGAACACGAGUGAGCCGGGUUCGACGCAUGGCUCUGGGUGCGAGCCAUGGACGCCUUCAUCCGCUUCGCCAACCAGAGCCAGGGCCGGGACCGACUUUUCAGAGCCACUCAACACGCAUGCAUGUUGCUUAGAUAUUUGUUAGAGUCUAAAGCUGGCAAAGAGGCUGUGGUAAUGAAGCUCAAGAAUCUGGAGUCCAGUGUGAGCACUGGCCGUAAAUGGUUCAGACUAGGCAACGUGGUCCACGCCAUCCAGGCAACUGAACAGAGCAUCCAAGUCACAGAGCUCGUGCCCCGCUUCUGCCUUACGCUAGCCAAUCUGAACCGCGUGAUUUAUUACAUCUGUGACACUGUCCUCUGGGUGAAGAGUGUGGGCCUCACCUCUGGAGUCAACAGAGAGAAAUGGCAAGUGUGGGCAGCCCGCCACUACUACUACUUCCUCCUGCUGAGCCUGAUCCGGGAUCUGUAUGAAAUCGUGCUGCAGAUGGAGCGGGUUGCCCGUGACAGGGCAAAGAGGGAGACAUCACCCCAGGACCCUCCUGGGUACAGUGUGGCCAAUGAAGAAACCGAAUGGUUCCAGUCCCUUCUCCUGCUCUUAUUCCGAUCUCUGAAGCGGCACCCCCCCUUGCUCCUAGACACGGUGAAGAACUUCUGUGACAUCCUCAUCCCUUUGAACCAGCUCGGGAUCUACAAGUCCAAUCUUGGCAUCGUAGGACUUGGAGGUCUUGUGUCCUCGGUGGCCGGCCUCAUCACUGUAGUGUAUCCUCAGCUGAAACUGAAGACCCGCUAGUGUUUGGAGGCUUUAAAGCUGACAGCUCAGUGGAACAAGGUUUUACUAGGCUUAAGGUUUUUUAUUUUUGGAGCUGAGGACCGAACCUAGGGCCUUGUGCUUGC